AUGUCCCAGAACUCUCCGUGUGAGAAAAGUGCUGCUUAUACUGAUAUAAAUCAGCAGGAUCAUUUGAAGAUCUCUGAAGUUGGAGGCAGUGUUAAUCUGUCUUGUUUCACUUCAAAAGCGAGUAGAAGCACCAUCGCAUGGAUGAAACAAAAGCUUGGAGAGAAACCUCUGCUAAUUGCUACAUCAUACCAGCGUCAACCCGCAGCAUUUUAUAAUGACUUUGAUAAGGAUGGUCGCUUUAAAAUGCUGAUAGCAGCUGAGCAUUUUAAUUUGAGCAUCUCCAAUAUAGAACCAUCAGACUCCGCAACAUAUUACUGUGCCUCCUUAUUUAUAUAUGAGAUCAGCUUUGGAAAUGGCACCUAUCUUCUUGUUAAAGGUGCAUCACUGACAAAGCACAAAGUUCUCCAGCAGCCUGUGAUGAAUCCAGAACAUCCAGGAGAUUCUGCAACACUGCAGUGUACAGUCAAAACCCAGGACUGUUCAGAAGAUCAUAGUGUGUACUGGUUCAGACACAGAUCAGGAGAAUCUGAUCCAGGAAUCAUCUUCACUCAUGGAAACAGGAGUGAUCAGUGUAAGAAAAGCUCUGAGACUGUUUCUCCUACACAGAGCUGUAUCUACAAACUCCCCAAGAACAACCUCAGCCUCUCUGAUGCUGGAACUUACUACUGUGCUGUAGCUGCAUGUGGAGAGAUACUGUUUGGAAAUGGAACUAAACUGCAUCCAGAAGGUGACAUUGAUGCCACUCAGCUGAAUGAGGCUGAAGACAGAGACACCAUGAAAUACGCAUCAAUAAGUUUCACACCCAGAAACUCGUCCUCUAGAAGAACUGGAAAGAUGGACCAAGACAAGAGUUUGUACGCAGAAGUGAAAAUACAGGAGCAAAAAUGA